AUGUUUGGUGCAAAAGACCGUGAAUCGGAUCCCCAUUCAAGAGAUCAGGUCAAGGACUACAAGCGCCAAAACUCCAGGUGGAUCGAUGAUGAAGAGUCGGAAGACAGUCCAAUCUUUUUGCUGAUGUUGGAUGUUGUUCCCGCUGUGGUCAUCAUGAUUAGUGCCGUCGUGGCUGGCCUCAGUGCAGAUUUGGACGAUGAGCACAGCAACAUUGUCUGGGAGGUGUUGGAAAUUUUCUUCACGGCCUUCUUCGUUGGCGAAAUUUUGAUCAAGAUGCGUGUGUUCGGCCUGCGCGAGUUCCUCAUGGGCGGGGAUUGGUACUGGAGUUGGUUCGACAUCCUUUGUGUGGUUCUUGCAUUCGUGGAUCUUGCGGUCACCUACACAACACCUGCCUCACAGGACUCGGACUCCGCAUCGCUGGGCACACUGAAGAUGCUGAAGCUGGCCAGAUUGGGCCGGAUCAUCCGGCUUCUAAAAUUCAAGAUCUUCCAGGAGCUGAAGCUCAUGAUCCAGGGCGUCUUUACGGGCCUUCGCGUUUUAACUUGGGCCGUGAUCCUGCUUCUGGUGAGCAUGUAUUUGCUCGGGGUGAUCACGCGUACCUUGUUGGGGCAACAUCCAGAGUUCCGCGACGUUCCUUCAGCAAUGUUCACGUCAUUCCGCUGUGUCACGGAUGGCUGCACAGCCUACGAUGGAACUCCGCUUAUUGCGCGUCUUCGCACUGAAGAGAAGGAUCUUGGUGGCGUCAUCAUGAUUGUGUACAUUCUUUUGUUCCUGUUCGUUACCAUUGGUAUCUUCAACCUGAUCAUGGCUGUGUUUAUCGACAAUGUCACGGACGGCAGUACCAAGAAGCGGCAGCGACAGUUGGGUGCGAAUGCACCGAAAACAGAAUGGCUCAUUUCUUCGGUUCUGCGAAACAUCAUUUUGACCAAGAUCCUGCACAAGGAAGCCGAGGAGGAGGCUUGGAAUGACGACUAUCACGCCCAUGGUCGCCGGCCAUCGAAAAUCCUCAAGGAGAAGCUGGCGGCGCUUCAAGAGAUGUAUGGAUACAAGCCACAUACCAUUCACGAAUACGAGCAGCUGUCGAAUGAGAUCCGCAAGGAGAUGGCGCGGCGCAAUGUGGUGGUGACACGCGAGGAGUUCAACCAUUGGCUAUCCGGUGAGAAGGAGCUCAUCACCACCUUGGAUGACUCCGAGAUCGAUUUAUCAUGCAAGUCCGACCUGUUCGAUGUCCUGGACGCGGACCUCAGUGGAGAAUUGGAGUUUGAGGAGAUGAUAGACGGAUUGCUCAAGUGCCGUGGUCCUGCUUCUAAAACGGACAUCAUUGCUGUCAGGCUCAAGACGGCACUGCUCGUCAAACUGAUGACGCAGGUUUGCGAAAAGCUUGGAAUCGACACUUGA